AUGGCUGCGGUCAGUUCAUGUAACUACAGGCAUGAAAGUGGCUAUGUAAGCAGGUACAUAAGAGCAUUACUAUUAGGCGUGCCAGACCCCAUCGCUGUGCUAUAUGCAUAUUUGCCUUGUUUUCUUGCUCACUACUAUAGUAACUAUACAGUAAGUAUAAGGAAAAGAUAUACUUCUGACCCAUCCAUCCAUCCCAGAUACACAAGACAGCCUCGGUAA